AGUCACCUCUUGAUGCCGGCCUGCACCUCUGCGCCCACUGUCCGGCCAUGUCGUGCUCCCGGGCCCAUGCCGCCGCACACGCUGCCACCCACCCGGACCACAGCCUAGCGGUUGUCAUCGACUUUGAUGCCGUCUUUUGCUUUGCAUGUGCGCGCUUUGUCUACGACAACGCCAUCGAUGCCGCCCUGGCCGCAGGCACCCUCGCCGCCCGCGCCCGCAUCCGCUCGUGGGCUGUUCCCGCCGCCCAUCUCCGCGUCCACUCGGCCGAGUGGCUUGUCAGUGCUGAAGACAUGGCCGCAGCCUCGCAGCGGGUCGGUGUCAAGCGCGCGCUCGGCGAGCCAUCGUCAGCCGAGGCGUCUGAGGUCGACGACGUGGGUAUGCGGAUCAAGAAGCGCCGGCGCGGGCUGCGCGGGCUCAACAACUUUGGCAACUCGUGCUUUAUGUCGUGUGUCCUGCAGACGCUUCUUCACAACCCGCUGCUUCGGGCAUACUUUCUCUCGCACCUGCACGAUCCAACCAAAUGCACCGUGGCCAAGAAGCGGUGCCUGGGGUGCAACAUGGUGAGUCUUUUUACGCAGACUCUCUCGGGUUCGUCGCUGCCGAUGAACCCGUCUGAGUUUCUGCACUCGAUCUGGGUCCACUCCAAGUACCUCGCUGGCUACGAGCAGCAGGACGCGCACGAGUUCCUCAUUUCGGUCCUCGACGGCAUCCACACGCACUCGCGCAACCAGGUUCCGCUGCCUGUGGCUUCGGUGCCGCUGCCGGCACGGCCGGCACCGCGCUGUUCGUGCGUUGUUCACUCGGUAUUCUCCGGCAUCCUCUCGUCCAAGCUCGUCUGCCUCUCGUGUGGGGCUUCGUCGCCGUCGUACGACCCGUUUGUCGACGUUUCGCUCCAGAUCUCGUCCGAAGUCAAGGCGCUCGAACAGUGCCUGCUCAACUUUACUUCGUCAGAGCGGCUGAGCGUCGAGCUUCCGUGCCGCGCGUGCGCGCCCGAGGGCAAGCGGCCGUUUACCAAGCGGUUGCAGUUCCAAGAGCUGCCGCUUACUCUUGCUAUCCAUCUCAAGCGCUUUGAAUCGCAUGGAGGAACCGCCACAGGCUCUUCUGUCAAGCUCUCGGACUUUGUCUCGUUCCCACUGGUCCUCGACAUGGCCCCGUAUGUGGCCCGUGAGUCGCAAUCCGCUUUUGCCGUCGUCGUCCACAUUGGCUCCAUCGACGCCGGACACUACAUUGCCUACGUACGCGUUCCGGCGCCAACGGUCGGCGCCGCCGCCGUCCCGGCGUCGCAGCUCUGGUUCCGCUGCGACGACGCGGUCGUCACGCUUGCUACCGUCAAAGAGGUCCUUGCCUCCGAGGCCUACCUCCUCUUCUACGUCAAGCGCGAGAUCGACUACCACGAUCUCGGAAAGACCGAGAUCAUCAGCGCGUCGUCGUCCACGCCGCGUGCUGCGCGAUCCUCGGUCCUAUCACCUACAGCCUCUUCGCCACGCACCUUUCCGCCGCAGGCAUGA